UGUGACAGGGUGGCAGACGAAAACCGCUAGAGUUAGGGAAUUAGGACCGACACAGCCGCUCUGCUGCGAUCCAAACUUAUGCAAGCGGACUUAAAGAAGACUUUAAGGCUGCAGAAGAGAGACUUGCCGAAUACAAUUGGAACUCCAUGUCAGAGCAAAUGCCAAUUUUGUGAAUUACGCCGAAAGGCUAUUGGCAGAAGCAGCUCUGCGAAAUCGUCACUGGGCUGCUUUCAGAACCACUGGAGUAACAACUUACAAGCCUAGUCAUAAACCUCUGUUUUUGUUAAGUAAGGUGGUUACUAUUUUUUUCCCUAUAUUUUUUGGGAACGGUGCAUUGCAACACGCUGAAUGCAGAAUGGAAGCGGAUUUUUGAGGAUGCGCUACAAGUGGGAAUCUAACGAAAUAUGACGGAUAUUUCCCGUUUGCACUUUUAUGAUGGACAUAGCUUGACUGCAAAUUUGAACGCAGGGGAGGUAUCCUUAGUUAUGGACGCGACGGAGACACACACUCAUUCAAACUAAGGCACAUAACAGUUGUCAAAUUAUCCAAAGCCAAAGGAGUGACCAGAACCUUUCCACAUCGGUUGCAAACUGUUGGACUCGCGUUGACAUUAAUCUACGUAAUUAUUAAGGGAAACCUUCGCUUGAUGACAUGGGCUGACUUGGGGCACGGAAAUGUCACUGAAGGGGACAAUGUUGCGACCCGGCGUCGGCAUCCCGUUUUGGGGGCGUUUGCUUCUCCUGCUGGUGCUUUUGAUCGCCUCGGAGUGCAGGCUGGCCCAGGCGUGUCCGGAGCUCGUCUCCAGCGGCUGCAGCUGCACAGACGAGCGCACCAAAGCCCACUCUGCGCAGGCUGCUCGGAAGAGAGUGAGCUGCGCAGGAAAGGAACUAACGGAAAUCCCAGAAGUCAGCCUGCUUCCCAACCGGACGAUCUCACUAAACCUAAGUAACAACCGCAUCCGUGUGCUCCGAAAUGGCUCCUUCGCUGGCUUACACUCCCUGGACAAGCUGGACCUCAGGAAUAACUUGAUCAGCGCAGUGAUGCCCGGAGCCUUUCAGAGUCUGACAGUGCUGCGGAAACUUGACCUGUCCAACAACCGGAUUGGCUGCCUCACUCCAGACAUUUUCCAGGGACUCGCGAACCUUACCAAACUUAACAUCUCAGGCAACAUCUUCUCCUCACUGGAUCCGAACAUUUUCCAGGAGCUUUCAUCUCUAAAGCUGGUGAACUUUGACUCGGAGUUCCUGUCAUGUGAUUGCAGCCUGCGCUGGGUGCCAGGCUUUUUCCGCACCAGUUCGGCCCGGCUCGGUGGAGAAACGUUUUGCGCGUACCCCAGAAAGCUCCAAAACAGACAACUCCGUGACGUGCAAGAGAGCGAACUGACCUGUGAAGGCCCUUUAGAGCUGCACACGCUCUCCCUGUUACCCUCCCUGCGCCAGAUUGUGUUCAAAGGAGACAGGCUGCCGUUCCACUGUACCGCCGCCCUGGUGGACAACAUCACGGCCUUGCACUGGCGCCACCAAGGUCAGGCCGUGACGAACGAUCCCUCGGACGGAGUUCUGCUGGAGGCAAAUGUGGUGCACGACUGCACGUUCGUCACCAGCGAGCUGAUCCUGGCGAACGUGCACGUGGAGGCGAGCGGCGAGUGGGAGUGCGUGGUGUCGACGGGCCGGGGAAACAUCUCGCGCAGCGUGGAGAUCGUGGUUCUAGAGAACAGCGCCACCUUCUGCCCUGAGCAGAGAGUGACCAAUAACAGAGGAGAGUUCAGAUGGCCAAGAACUCUGGCUGGAAUCACCUCAUAUCAGCACUGCCUGCAGCUGCAUUACCCAGCCAUAGCUGUAGGGGGUGGUGUGGACCAGAAGAAGGCAUCUCGUUACUGCGACCGUUCUGGGCGCUGGGAAGAAGGAGACUACUCUCAGUGUCUCUACACCAAUGACAUCACCAAUGUCCUCCACAAUUUCAUACUGAGUCCCAUCAAUGCUUCCAGCGCUGUGACGUUAGCACAUCAGGUGAGGUCCUACACUCUGGAGGCAGCAGGCUUCACAGACACAGUGGAUGUUCUCUAUGUGGCACAGAUGAUGCAGAAAUUCAUGGACUAUAUCAAACAGCAACGUGAGAGAUUGCAACACAAAUUGCAACAGAUAUUCGGUCCUGAGACCCUAUUGGUGUCACAGCUGUCGGAGAUUCUGGUAGAGAUGGCGAGUAACCUGAUGCAAGUGGACGGUCAGAUCCUGUCCCGGGCUCAGAGAGAAGAGAGGGUUUGCAGCUCCAUUGUGCACUCCCUGGAGUCGCUGGCCUGGCCUCAGCUGGAACCCCUCGCUCAGGACCUCUCGAUGAUGUCUCGGAACAUCGUGAUUGAAGCACACUUGAUACGCCCCGCCCACUUUACUGGCAUGAGUUGCACUGCAUAUCAGAGACGGGAGAGCUCAGGAAUCAGUUCUGGAUUGGAAACGAUAGACUCCACCAACGAGCAGCAGUUACGCUUCCGUUGUACCACUGGAACCCACAACACUUCACUAAAUGCUUUCCCUUUAAAGAAUGCCGUGGCACUUGCUUCGGUCUCCCUCCCUCCAUCUCUCUUUCCUCCGAGUGCUCCGACGGACUGCAAACUGCAGUUUGUGGCUUUCCGCACAGGAAGGUUCUUCCCUUUCAUUGGAAACGCCAGCAGUACAUCUGACCACACUCAAAGACGCAGCGCCAACACACCGGUCAUUUACGCAGGCCUCGAUGGCUGCACCAUGUGGAACCAGUCUGCUCCUAUCAUAGUGUCACUACGACACACGUCACCUGGCAGUGACCCUGUGGCUGCCCACUGGAGCCUGCAGGCACUCAAGCAUCAUGGGAGUUGGCGUUCAGAUGGCUGUCAGCUGGCCCACAGUGACUCAAGCACCUCCACGCUCCACUGCUCUGUGCUCAGCAACUAUGCUGUGCUUCAGGAGGUGCCUAAUUUCCCAGGUCUGACCCCCAUUCCUGUGGAAGUGCUCCAUCCGGUGGUCUACACCUGCACUGCAGUACUUCUCCUCUGCCUCUUUACCAUCAUCUUCACAUACAUUUUGCACCACAGCUCCAUCAGGAUUACCAGGAAGAGCUGGCACACCCUCCUCAACACCUGUUUCCACAUCGCCAUGACGAUGGCGGUGUUCGCAGGGGGCAUUACCCUGACCGGCUACCCAGUCGUGUGUCAAGCAGUGGGUAUUGUUCUGCACUACUCUUCUUUGUCCACUCUGUUGUGGAUUGGGAUCAGUGCACGUGUGCUCUACAAGGAAGCCUUGUGGCAGUCUCCACGGCAACCGGAGGGCGAGGCCGGGGUGCCGCCUGUCCAGCGGCCCAUGCUCAGGUUUUAUCUGAUUGCUGGGGGUGUUCCCCUGAUCAUAUGCGGGAUCACAGCAGCUGUCAACAUCAACAACUACGGAGACGGCAUACCUUACUGCUGGUUGCUAUGGCAACCUAGUAUCGGCGCAUUCUAUGUUCCGGCUGGCCUGGUGAUCGUGGUGACCUGGAUCUACUUCCUGUGCACUGUGACUCGCCUGAGGUGUCAAAACUCCCAGAGGGCCAAAGAGCCGUCCAGCUCCGCCUCUGGCUCCACCCCGCCGCCCGAGGCCCAACCGGCUCUCAGCGGCAGCACCAGCCUGCUCUCAACAGACUCCGCGGUCGGCCCGGUGCGUGCCAGGGCGGCGCCAGAGGACCUGCACUCACCAAAGGCACAGUUUUUGGCGCUGCUGGCGACACAGCUGGUGUUUGUGCUCACGUGGUGCUGCGGCGCGAUGGCUAUGUGGCAUGCGGACAGGGAGAGGAAGCUCUUCAGCUGCCUGUAUGGGGGCGUGGCCACCGGCCUGGGCGUCUUUCUGGUCCUCCAUCACUGCUUCAAGCGCCUGGAUGUCCAGGCGGCCUGGCUAAGCUGCUGCCCGGGCUACCAUCGCUCGCAGCCCAUGCCUGCCUACGGGCCGCCCUGCACGGCUGGCGUCAGCGGGCAGAGCGCCUCAGAGAGGGGCUCGCCGCUUUUCGCGGGUUGUCCGCCACCGCCGGCUGAGCCGAACAACUACUCCUCCUCCGCCAGGUCAUCAUCCACGCCCAGCGGCGCGGGUAGCACCGGCACCGGGCCCUGCAAACUCACCAACCUUCUGCAGGUGACGCAGGACAACGCCCACAGCGCCGGCCGUGCCCCGACAGGUGCCGGCACCAACACCAGCACAAGCACGGACAACAACAACAGCAGCAGCAAGCCCGCCAACGACGCUCCAUCCGCGCCCAACGCCACCGCUCCGACCCAGCAGCCGCAGAGGAGGAAGGCCGGCGGUCGAACUAAAGCGGGCGGUGCUCUGUACCACCACCGGGGGGAGGGGAGGGGACACUAUCGGCUCAAGGCCUUGCGGGGCGGUGGGGGUGGGGGUAGCGUGGGAGCCCUGGGCCCCCCUGGGAUGGAACAAGUGCAUCAUCUUCACAGGCCCGCGUCCAGCGAGAACGGGAGCCUCCGGAACAGCCACUCAGAGAGCCAGAAUGGGCCGCUGACCAAUGGGAGGCCCCGUGGGGAGGGGCUAGCGACAAGCCUCUCAGAGGGCAGCGACGGUGGCAGCAGCGGGGGCCGGAAGCCUUUCCCGCUGCUGCCCUCCGUGGCAAGCCGCGUGGCCACGCAGCAGAAUGCGCAGCGCCGCAGCGCCAGCCGGGACAACCUCAAAACGGCUGCCGCAGUCGACAGGGACUCCAGACGGAGCUCGUUCCCGCUGAACGUCGCCAUGGCGACGGUCAUCGGGACUACCACCUCACCCACCCCUGCUGCACCCAAUGGGACCCUGAAAGGCUCUGUGAUCCAGCUGGACACGAGCAGCACGGACCAAUCGCAGGGUUCGGUGGGGAUGAGGGGCGGGAUUUGGAAGAGUGAGACCACAGUGUGACGGCAGCCUGGAACCAUAACAGCGGAAGCAGCUGCUGUUGUGUGUUCUUAAGGAAGUGUGCGGGAGCAAAAACCCAUUGCAAGCAUGACAUCUGGCUUCCUCCGUGAUUAGCCUCCCAUACAUGAUAUUUUCACAAGUGUGCAGCGAGCUAUGAGUCGUCUACACUUUCCUGAAACACACCAAACCGUUCGCCAGUUUGUGCUUCGGCCUUGUGAGGGCUUCUAUACAUUCUGGUCUCAGAUGUGGAAAACUGAUAUAUGUGCCUAUUUGUUUUGUUCUGUUCUGUGUAUAUGCAAAAGCUGACCCUCCAAAAAAAGUGUUUUGUCAAAAAUGUGCAGUAGUGUUAUUUCUGUGACUUGUUUGUCUUUUAUUACACUAACAUUAGUUUUAAAGGCGAUGGCUAGAAAGCGUUUCACUACCUUUAGGUAUCUGUACAAUUUAUCCAUUAUGAUUUUUGUUUGUUUCUAUGCAUAUCAAUAGAGAUGGACCUCAAGGUGCAUUCCUUUUUUAAUACUUAAUAUUUGUCUUGCUUUUGAUUGUUAUUUAGUGAGUGAGGGAAUGUUUGUGCGUGUGUGCGUGUGUGUGUGUGUGUGUGUGUGUGUGUGUGUGUGUGUGUGUGUGUGUGUGUGUGUGUGUGUGUGUGUGUGGUAUUGAGAGUCAAAGCUAUGUAUAUGUCUAAAUGUAUGUACGCAUGAAUGUAUGGAUGUAAAAAUUGACCAUUUCAGUAUUUAGCUCCAUUCACUCUCCAGCACUGAUAAAUACCUCUUGGCCUUAACUAGUCAUUCCAACAUUAAUGCUAAAAAUGAGGACUUGCAGAAAAUUAGCUUCCUCUCCACGAUUUUCCGUGGAAUAGGAAUUAGCACUGGGAAUGUUGGUCUUUUUCUGCUGAUAAUACUGUUCUAAAGCAGGAAGUAAACCGAUCACUGUCCCCCUUCUGGCCAAGAUCAUAGUGAAAAACAUGGAUCUACACUGACCUCUACUGGAUCACGUAUGCCAUUCAUCAAAUGCAUGGACAUUGGCUGGAGUUUUCAACAAAAGCCAUUUUCACCCUAUCACUGCUAAAAGAAAUGGAGGUUGUGGUGUAUUGAAAAAAAGUUGGGUACAUAGUGGUAAUCUGAAGUUUUAAAAAUCAUGUAUGACAUGGUUUUCUCACAGCACUUGGAAAAUGUCCACCCUCUCUUCCUCACCCCAAAUCAUGGUGGCCCGAUGAAGACGAAGAAAACUUUUUAAAAAUUCCUGAAACUCAGUAUUAACAGAUUCAGGUUGUUUUUGUUUUUUUUUUCUUUUGGGUACAUUUUUGAUUUGUAAUUUAUAGUCCGCAUCACCACUGAUAAAGUGAAUUUAUGUUCACAGUUCUAGAUCUACCUUGCUUUUCUCAGACCGUUACAACUGCAAUUAAUAUAGUGGUCCAUACAGACCACACAUUUCUAAUACAAGCAAAAGUAUUCAAAGUGUUGUUUGGAUGGGUUUUGAAUACAAGUCAGGUUUAUAUUCAAAAAUGAUGUUCAAUGAGAACCUCUUUGUCAGGGUAAGUUAUACUUAUUCUGUGUGUGCAAAACUUGCCCAACAGGAACACGCUUCCAAUUGAACCCAACCUUGUGCUUUUCUUAUAUGGGUAAAGAGGUACCCCAGGUCUAAAGGGGGAAAGCAGUGUUAGGCAUGAGACAAUCUGCACUAUGCCAAACCAGUAGUCUCUUCUUAUUUAUGAUGUCAUAUGCAAUUUUGACCUUUGCCUGCAAUCUUAAGAUUUCCAGAGGCUGUUGUUUAUUCAUAUGUUGAAUCUGUUUUAGAUUAGAAUUGCUGGCUUUUCUUUAACACAUGUUCAGGGAUUUUUAUGCCAAAGAAGCUUUAUGUUUAACACUCUCUUGCUGCAGCAUUUUCAAAUAGGUUUCUUUUCUCACUCCUUACACAUCAGAAAUCUCCCUAUAACGUCAAAAAAUGAAGCAAUCGAGUCAAAAAAUUAUUGCAAGACACGAGUUUUGUUGGAUCGAAUAUUUAUUUAACCAUAUUAAUGUCAGCACACUUAGACUAACAAAAAGCACAUGCUUUAUGUGAUGUGGUUACUUCCAGUAGUUUUAUUAGUAAAAUGACAAGCUUGGAUUGUGUAAAAGGAUGCAGUAUUCCUUUAAAAGCAGAAAUGCUCAUUACUGUUUAUCAACCAGUCGUCAUUUCCUUUUUGUAUAACUCGAGACUGCAUUUAGGCCUAUGAACAUGGUUCCCAAAUAAACAUUUGUGUGAGAGUCUCAAAGGUCUAAUUCUCCACUGUGCCAGGUUUUCUUUUUUUUCUUUUUUUUUCUUUCUUUUUUUUACAAGCCAUUGAAUUUGCAUUCAUUUUCUUGUCCCUAUGCAUAAAGAUUUUGGUCAGCACAAAUUUAGUAGACUUGUUUAUCUAAUAAAGAUUGCUUCUGCUGUCAUCUCAUUGUUUUUAAAAAGGGAGAUUUCAAAAUUAAUGUGUAUUUAUAUUCACCAUGCAUCGAUAUGGAAAUUUAAACUUUUUUUCAGUUUCAGUAAUAUAUUUGCUUUUAAGAUCGUGCCUUACCAAAAAUUCUGAUGCAAAAUAAAGACUUUCUAAUUAA